AAUUCAAAAUAAAGAAAUAUAUACAACACGCGAAACGUCAUUUCGACGACAUACACAAUACACACACUGUCACAUAUGGUCACACGUCACACUGGAGAAAACAUAGAUAUCUAAGCUUUAGUUGACUCAACUAGGAAAGCCAUGUCAACGAAGAUAUGGUCAUGACAGGGUGUAUUCGGAGAUCCUACCCCUAAGAUAACGUGGUGUUUAAUUGACCAAUCAGGACAAAUGAAAUGAAGAUUCUUUGUUCUGAUUGGUCAAAUAAAUGCUACUCUACCCUACGAGUAAGAUUUGCGAACAUACCUAGAAAGUUAGUACGCAUUAAUUUCGCUGAGUGUGCUGCGAACGUUUGCAACGCGUACAUACAUGUGCAAACAGGUUGUGUCAGGUCAAUGUGUGAUGUGACAGAUGCGAGCCUGCGAGCCAGCGAUCAGAUGAGAUCAAAGCUUGAUACAGAUUGACAAUUGAACGUGGGCCGCGAAAGAACGUGAAACAAGCAUGAACGAAACGCAGGGAAAAACUAUCGAAGAGGACGAAAUUAAUCUCUUCAAUCCCGCUAUACUAGAUAGAUUGUCGAUAUCGCAUGUCGUUGGAUUGUUCAUAAGACCAUUAAGAAGCACAGAUUAUGAAAAAGGUUUUUUAGUUCUUUUAUCUCAAUUGACUGAUGUUGGAAAUGUCAGCAAGGAACAAUUCUUAAAUAGAUUCUACAGCAUGAAGACUGCUGGUGGUUACUAUGUUGUAGUUAUUGAGGACACAAAUUCUGGAAAAGUGAUUGCAUGUGCAACAUUAGUUAUAGAACAGAAGUUCAUUCAUAAUUGUAGCUUGCGAGGACGUCUGGAAGAUGUAGUGGUCAAUAAUAAUUACAGAGGUAAAUCGUUGGGGAAACUAGUGGUGAAAAUAAUAAUGCAAUUAGCACGCUAUUUUCACUGUUAUAAAUUAUCUUUGGAUUGCACAGAUCGUCUAGUGCCAUUCUAUGAGAAUUUAGGUUUUAUACGAGAAACUAACAAUGCGAAUUAUCUUAAUAUGCGUUUCCAUAGUGAAAACGCCAGUGAACAAUCGCAUUUAUAGUAACUGAAUUGUUUUAUUGUGGUCUUAUCUGACGAUAAUGCCAAUUAACCAAUCAAAUACAUGUGGUGUAAUAUAUAUAUGAACAGAAAAUGUAAAAAAUAGCAUUAUAUCUUUGAUAAGAUUUCAAAUUUGGAAGCGAGAUACAUUUAGCGAAAUUAAAAUACUGCAAUCAAUUUCUUCUAAAAAGAAAAUCUCAUUCGUUUACAAAGAAUUAAGAAAAGAAUCAUGCUUUUUUUACAAGAGAAAAUUUAUUAUACUAACGUUUACGUAAAUUAAAAUAUAUCAAGUUUUAUGCUGUAUCUUUUAUAUUUUAAAUUAAGAUAUUAACACUGAAGUGUCUUUUAAAAAAAGAUGUGUCCUAUAUACAUAUAUACAUAUAAAAUAUAUUGUGACAUAUUAUAGCAUUAUAUUGCAUAGGUUAUGUAAAAAGUGAAAGUAACUGUUAAAUAAAAUAAUUAAUUUUUACUUAA